GCCCCUGUGUCUGGAGGGGUUGUUCGCGUGGCGAGUGUCUGUCCUCCCUGUCCUCCCUAGCAGAGUCCCUCCCCGUGUGUGGACCGAGGAGGAGCAGACGCUGGACAGGGUGUGUGUGUUCAGCAGUGGAUUGUCAGCCUUGGGUCCCAGCUGCUCCCCUUUGGACCUCUCCCUGGGCCCGCUGAUCUGACUGAUUCCUUCUACUUGGAGCUAGGACUCGGCCACCUUGACGCGCCCCCUCUGCCCCUUGGGUUUUGUGUGUGGGGGAGUGGGGGUGUAUUGUGUUUCCUAUCUGAGACACCUCCGGGUCGUUUGCUCGGAAACAGGAUGAGGGCCCGCAUAACUUGGAGCACUUGGCUGGAAGGUGAGGCAGGUCGUGUCCAAGGCUCCCGUGCCCGGGCCAGGUUAGGCACCAACGCGUCUCUUACGUCUCUGCAGCCUGCAGUGUGGUGGAACCGUUUUAUAGACUGACAGUGUGAACGUGGGAGGGGAUGGAUAUCAGAGAUUCGUUUAUCUAGAUUUUCAGAGAAAAUGCUCUGAUGUGAGUGUAAGCAGGUUACUCUCUGUGUCUCGUGUUCUUUACCUGUAAUUUGAGGUUUGUUUUACCUACUUUUAAGUGGUGGUUGUGAGGAUUAAAUGGAAUUUUGACAUGCAACAGUUGACACAGGGCCAGACACCAAGUAAGGGAUCAAUCAGUUGUCGCUUUUAUUAAUAGUAGGCAUCCAUCUCCCCAUUUGUUCAUAAGAAGGAAACACCUAAGAAGGAAAAGUAACUUGUAGGGCACCCAGCCAACUAGCACAUAGUGGAAAUUAGAAUCCCGGCACUCCCAGCAGGGCACUUUCCACCACCCUGCACUUUUGUAUUCAGCAGGCACAGUAUCUUUACUGCUGUCUGUAACUAGCUGUCUAUGUUCCCAGCGUCUGACUCUGCAGGGCCCUGGUGGUAUAAAGGUACUGAGACUUGCCUGUGUUUAGGGCUUCCUGAAGAUUAAAUGGCUGCUGAAGUUCUUGAGUUUAGCUUUGGCUCAAAAGAUACUGCUUCAGACUCUGUGUUCUGAAUAGAGUCUCAAGAGAAUGAAAAAAGAAAUACAAUGAAAAAGGAAAAAACUUCAAUCCAGAAUCUCUUGCCAGAGUUUCUGGGAGAAUGCUGGCAAUUCCCAGGAAGAUAUGUGGAGAACGGAAAGGUUGCUACACCCAAAUAGUGUAGCAAAGGCUGUGAUUAUGGAGGACUGGACCUGCAAACUUCAGAACAGAGAAACCUUAUAAAAUGUAUGUGGGCAGCAUAGAGACCUUGGGCAAGUUAACAGUUUCUUCAUCUGUAAAUAGUGAUUUAUGGAAAGCACCUGGUGCAUGUUCUGCCUUCUGAGGACCCUGCUGUUUCCCAAAAGAGGUGUCUUGAGAAGGAAAAUAUGGCUGCUCUUUGCCGGACAGCAGAGUCCCAGGCUGAACUCCAGUGUACCCAGUUAGACUUGGAGCGGAAACUCAAGUUGAAUGAAAAUGCCAUCUCCAGGCUCCAGGCCAACCAAAAGUCUGUUCUGGUGUCGGUGUCAGAGGUCAAAGCAGUGGCUGAAAUGCAGUUUGGGGAACUCCUUGCUGCUGUGAGGAAGGCCCAGGCCAAUGUGAUGCUCUUCUUAGAGGAGAAGGAGCAAGCCGCACUGAGCCAGGCUAACGGCAUCAAGGCCCACCUGGAGUACAGGAGUGCCGAGAUGGAGAAGAACAAGCAGGAGCUGGAGAGGAUGGCGGCCAUCAGCAACACUGUCCAGUUCCUGGAGGAGUACUGCAAGUUUAAGAACACUGAAGACAUCACUUUCCCUAGUGUUUACAUAGGGCUGAAGGAUAAACUCUCCGGCAUCCGCAAAGUUAUCACGGACUCCACUGUACACUUAAUCCAGUUGCUGGAGAGCUAUAAGGAAAAGCUCCAGGAGUUUGCCAAGGAAGAGGAGUAUGACAUCAGAACUCAAGUGUCUGCCGUUGUUCAGCGUAAAUAUUGGACUUCCAAACCUGAGCCCAGCACCAGGGAACAGUUCCUCCAAUAUGCUCAUGACAUCACGUUCGACCCGGACACAGCACACAGGUAUCUCCGGCUACAGGAGGACAACCGCAAGGUCACCAACACCACGCCCUGGGAGCACUCCUACCCGGACCUCCCCAGCAGGUUCCUGCACUGGCGGCAAGUGCUGUCCCAGCAGAGUCUGUACCUGCAUAGGUACUAUUUUGAGGUGGAGAUCUUCGGGGCAGGCACCUACGUUGGUCUGACCUGCAAAGGCAUCGACCGGAAAGGGGAAGAGCGCAACAGUUGCAUUUCCGGAAACAACUUCUCCUGGAGCCUCCAAUGGAAUGGGAAGGAGUUCACAGCCUGGCACAGUGACAUGGAGACCCCGCUUAAAGCCGGCCCUUUCCGGAGGCUCGGGGUCUAUGUCGACUUCCCAGGAGGGAUCCUUUCCUUCUAUGGCGUAGAGCAUGAUGCCAUGACUCUGGUUCACAAGUUUGCCUGCAAGUUUUCAGAGCCAGUCUAUGCUGCCUUCUGGCUUUCCAAGAAGGAAAACGCCAUCCGAAUUGUAGAUCUGGGAGAGGAACCCAAGAAGCCAGCACCAUCCUUGGUGGAGACUAUUCCCUAGACUCCAGGAGCCAUAUCCCAGACCUUUGCCAGCCACAGUGAUGGAAUUUGCAUUUUAGGGUGAUUUGGGGGCAGAAAUAACUGCUGAUGGUAGCUGGCUUUUGAAAUCCUAUGGGUCUCUGAAUGAGAACAUUCUCCAGCUGCUCUCUUUUGCUCCGUAUGGUGCUGUUCUCUAUACGUUUGUAGUAAUUCUUUUUUUUUUUUUUUUUUUUUUUUGAGAUGGAGUCUCGCACUGUCGCCCGGGCUGGAGUGCAGUGGUGCGAUCUUGGCUCACUGUAAUCUCCGCCUCCCGGGUUGAAGCAAUUCUCCUGCCUCAGCCUCCCGAGUAGCUAGGAUUAUAGGCGCCCGCCACCACGCCCAGCUAAUUUUUUGUAUUUUUAGUAGAGACGGAGUUUGACCAUGUUGGCCAGGCAGGUCUCAAACUCCUGACCUCGUGAUUCACCUGCCUCAGCCUCCCAAAGUGCUGGGAUUACAGGCGUGAGCCACCGCGCCCGGCCUGUUUGUAGUAAUUUUUAGGCACCAAAUCUCCCUCAUUUUCUAGUGCCAUUCUCCUGUCUGUUCGGAUAAACGUCACACUGUGCCUCGAAUGGAUGGCCAGGAACCUUCAGAGUGGCUGAAAAGAAUGCAGAGUUAUCAUGAUAAAUUGCUAACUUGUGUAUUUCCUAUGUGCUAGAUACUGUCCUUGUGCUUUCUGCACGUUAACUCAGUCCUCACAGAACACCCGUUGGGUAGAUGCUCAUAUCAUCCUUUUUUUGCAGAUGGAGAAACUGUCCGGGGCAGUUAGCUAAUUUGUUCAAGGUCACUCUGGUCACAUGGUGACUGAGUGACAGAGCUGGGAUUCAAGUCUGGCUAGAAUGACACUGGACUUUUAACCACCACAUCAUAUUGUCUUCCUUAUUACAUCAUGCACAUUGUAUGGAAUAAAGUGCAUAGCAGAGAAACUUCUUGAAGUUUGCAAAUCCACACACAUCUGACUCAGCCAUCCCGCCAUGCACUGGCUCACUGGCUCACUGGCUCACUGCCUCACACAGCAGCCCUUUCUAUUUGGGGACAGCAAGGAUUAGAAGAAAUGUCUUAGCAGAGUCUUGAGUUUUAGUCCCUGUCACCUCUGAAAAGGGGUCCUACUCCUCUCCUCUAAAGUAACCUGGCGUAUGUGGACUUGUGUGAUUUCUCAUUCAAAGAAUGAGGUGCUUCAAGAACUGUCACGUAACCCCCACGCCCCAGAUGUUCUUGUUUGCAUAUUAAAUUUUCCACCUUCCUUUAUGGUUCUCA